AACCAUAAUCAAUUUAAUUUCUCAACUGGAAUUACGACAAUGGAGCUCGACGCGCAUGCAAUCACGCAUUUAAUUAAGAAUACUAACAUAGGAAGCACGUCAAAGUUGCUUCCUUCAAAAGAAUUUAAUCAAUUACAACGCAUUUCCCUCGUGAUGUGUUUUAACAAAGUUUUACAUGUGUAGCUAAUUAAUAAAUUAUAACAAUGUUAUCUAAAAUCUAAAAUUUCAACAAAUAAUUAACGUGAUCAAUCAUUAAUCACUUGCAACACAACAAGGAAUAAAUAUACAGUGUAAACUUUUAAAAAUUCAUUAUUUGAUUGGAUUUGACCCGUAAAAUGUCUAAUCACAAUACUAGGAAGAGAUCAACUCCUCAGGAUUUGUACUAUUAUCGUCCUUUGCAUAUCUGGGCAAAAUGCGCUGGCAUUCUACCGAAUUUCAAUCUAAAUCAUUUACAUACCAGUUCAAGACUACCCUAUUGGAAUGGUAUAUUAAUGGCAGUGGUUUUUAGUUCUAUCUACGCAUAUACAACUUAUGGUAAAAUUUCAUAUAUGUUAUAUGCGUUUCCUCCGAGUAUAUUUAUCACUGACGUAGGAGGUGACAUAGCUCUUUACAUGGCUAAUAUAACAUCAAUAAUACGCAUUAGUUUAAUAAAAACAAGAUCCAUUCGAAAAUUCUUGGAACACAUGAAAAAAAUCGAUGUUGAAUUGCGUUCCAUCAAUGAAAAUAUAAAAUACCCACGCAGGGUGUUCAUAAUUGAAUUUAUCAGCACUAAUAUUAUCUUUGUGGUGUAUUAUAUUUAUGAUGCGUACAUUUGGGUGGAGUCUCUCACGUGGAAUACUUAUAAAUGGUAUUUUGUUAGAGAUGUGCAGUGUUUUCAUGUGAUUAUACUCUCAUUGGUUAUGAGGAAUUAUUCAUUAGCAAUUAGAAAUCGUGUGAAGAUUUUAAAUGGAUUAUUACUACAAAUGAAACCACCUUAUGAGGAUGGUAAUAGAAGUAGUGAUAUUACUACAGGUUUGAUUCAUGUGAUGAAUUCGUUGAAACACACAGAUAAGAGAGAUAUUAUCAAGAAACAGCAUUGGCAAGUGAAGAAAUUGAGAAGAAUCUAUGCAAGAAUCUGUGUUUCGAUUGGAAUAUACAAUGAUAUAUUCGGAUGGAUUUAUUUGGUGCUGUAUAUUGCGAUUGUGGUUUACUUGUUGACUUCGUCUAAUAUUGCGUUGGUUUAUGGUAUUGGUAGUCGAAAAAUUGGCCAAGCUGAUUUUGGAUUUACGCUGUUGAUUCUUUGUGUUUUAUGGUCAGCAUUACCAUUAAUUGUGGGCUUUUUUAUAUUUUCCUCUGCGGAUAAAGUCUUCUUUGAAAUCAAACGUACUCCAAUAAUUUGCUACUCUGUUAUGGAUAGUUGGUUGCAUUUAGAUGAAGAUCAAGUUUUAAUAAAUGAAUUAGAGAAAUUCGCACAGCAAGUAUCAAAUUCACAUCCGGUAAUCACAGCGGCAGGUUUCUUCGCCGUGGACUACGCUAUAUUCUUCGCGCUUAUUGGUUCAUUAAGUUCUUAUCUGAUUGUAUUGAUUCAAUUUAUGUAGAAUAGCGAAUAAUGUAUUAGAAAUAUAAACUUGUAUCACACAUAAGCAAAUAAUUAUACGUAUUCAAUUGA